AUGCGCGGGUCAACGUGUUUCGAGUGGGACUACUCGACUAGCCGCGUGACAAGGGUGGUAUCCCAAAGCGACAUGCUGGCGCCGAUGUUGGUUCUACUUGACAACAUGGAGGACGUAGCUCGGGUUUUCGAACAGGCGCUCAUUUCUCCGGAACUCCAGUGGAAGCGGGUACUGUAUUACAAUGCUUUACCUCUGCGGUGUAGUAUCUCGACCCAUUCAUCAACUCCUAAACUUUAUUAG